AAGCAGUCGGUGCGGUCGCCCAUUGUCUUACCAAACAUGGCGUUUUCCUCGCGCCCCGGCUCGCGCAUGGCGUCGCGGCCCGGGUCCCCGGCACUGCACCGCAAGCAGAGCGUCUCCAAGGGCGUUGUUGACAUGCUGGAGGGCCAGCUCGACGGUCUGCAUGUUGAUGCCGAGUAUGAUAUGGAGGGGCAUGUGCAGGUGGAGGUGCCUAUUGAUGAGGAUUUUACGGCGGCGGCAGGGGCGCAGGGGCCAGCGAGGCCAUCCAGGGCCUCUAUCAACGACUUUGACGUCCUGACGAUGAUUGGGAAGGGAGGAUACGGCAAGGUGUACCUGGUGCGGCACAAGACCACACAGAGGCACUAUGCAAUGAAGGUGCUGCGCAAGGCGUCGAUUCUGCUGCAGAAGCGCCAGAUAACCUUCACCAUGACUGAGCGCUCCAUUCUGUCCGAGGUGCAGCACCCGUUCAUCGUCAAGCUCUACUACGCGUUCCAGUCGAACUCGAAGCUCUACCUGAUCCUGGAGUACGUGGCUGGCGGCGAGCUCUUCACGCACAUGGCGCGGGAGCGCAUAUUCUCCGAGGACCAGGCGGUGUUCUACACGGCAGAGCUGGUGCUGGCGCUGUCGCAUCUGCACAAGCUGGGGAUCGUGUUCCGCGACGCCAAGCCCGAGAACUGUCUCCUGAGCAACACGGGCCAUCUGGUGCUGACGGACUUUGGCCUGUCCAAGACCGCGCUGGGCGCCGAUGGCCGCACGAGUACCUUCUGCGGCACGCCGUCGUACAUGGCGCCCGAGGUUCUGGACUCGUCCGAGUCGUAUGAGUUUUCGGUCGACUGGUGGUCGUUGGGCAUUCUGCUGUACGAGAUGCUGACGGGCGCGGUGCCGUUCAAGGGCAAGCAGCCGAAGCAGAUUCUGAAGAACAUCGCCAAGAUGAAGGUGAACUACCCGAACUACUUGACGCCCGACGCCAAGGACCUGCUGAUCCGCCUGCUGCGCAAGAAGCCGGCGCAGCGCCUUGGGUACGGCAGCAAGGGGUCGGAGGACAUCAAGAAGCACCGGUUCUUCCGCAAGGUUGACUGGCAGGCGCUCGAGAAGAACUACCACCAGAUCACCCCGCCCAUUGUGCCAGUGGUCCAGUACGACGGCGACUUUAGCAACUUUGACACCGAGUUCACCAACGAGGAUGUCCCGCCAUCUGUCGCCAACGGCAGCCUGAUCGACAACGACCCGCUGCCCGACCCGGCGAAGCUUGAUGUGCCGAACGAUAACACCGCCGAUCAGAAAAACGACAAGCCCGACGAUAUUGAUCCGGCCACCGCGUUUUUGGGAUUCAGCUAUGUCGCCACCUCUGUUCUCCACACUGUCAACUAGGCAAGCGCUUGGUUUGUGAUAUCUUUUUAAUGCCCGGGAGUGAAAAUACAAACUUUACUUCAUCUUGUGCUCCAUGAACAAGACGUGCUUGUUGACACGCGGAUCAAACUUCAUCAUCGACAGGCGGUAUGCGGCUGUGCGCGGGCGCUGCUUGACAUACGUGAACCCUGUGCCUGCUGUGCUGAUAAGGCGGACCAGGAUGUUUCUCGACUUUGCCUUCUUGGCCACUA